AUGUCAGGAGAAGAGAACACUUGCUCUCGGUCUUCACCGUGUGAACAUACUUUGGCUGUGCCCGGGCACGGACCACCCACGGCAAACUCUCCUGUACUGGCGACGACGGACGAGCAGUCUGUCUUGACGGUUACAGGAGACAAGAUCCAAGAGCAGAAUGUUGACGGGGACCUUGAACAUGUUGCUGCUCGCAGUCCGUUGCCGACGUUUUCGUCGAGCGUGCGUCUGGAACCGCGAGUCUUUGUUCCACUGUCUCGACGCACAGGUCCUCACGACCGUCUGGUUCUACCACAAAGAAACACACGGCUCGACCAGAACGUUGGUUCCGGAACGAAGCAAACCUUGAUUCCUCUAAAUACGUGCCAGGACUCCCCAUCGCCUCCGCGGGUCGAGCUGUUACGAUGGGAGUCAUCAGCAUCAUCGUCUCCAGGAGAGGCCGCGGUCGCAGGUCCUCCCCGUAGGUCCGCCUCCAGCCACUAUACAAGAAGCCGUCGCCGUCGUCGUGGUGCUGCCAGGUUGAGACGAUCAUGCAGUCCGACGUUGCACGCGCCAGUUCCUUUCGUUGAUAACUCCUACCACGCUCGCUACGAUCAUCACCAAGCUACAGCACUACGAACAGCACCCGUGCUAUCAACCACCACCUCACAACCAGACCACAACUACGACAUCCCCGAAGCAUCCACCACAACCACCACCACCACCGCCUCCAAGAUGUCGAGCUACACCAUGACCUACUCCCCGACCUCUCCCCACCUCACCCUGUCGCCGAUGAUGACGAUGCCCAUCGCCCUGCCGCCACCAACCCCGGCUCAAGACAUUCCCAGGGUUGCUUUUCCCCCUGGCCGCCACGUGGACGAGGCCGACAUGAACAUUGACGAGAUCCUCUCGGCGCUCCCCAUCGGCAUCCCCGUCCAUCGAAGCCGAAGCUCCAGCACCGCCAGCAGCCGUGCCCCCAUCAUCAGCGGCGGCGGCGACGACCACGAAGAAGAGGCCGGCGGGGCCCGGCUCCGCACUGACCCGUUCACCUCCAUCAUGUACCCGGGUCGGGGCGAAGUGCCGCAACACCUCUCCGAGCCCAAGAACAAGUUGCUCGCCGCGCUGGUGGAGGACAGCUACCCGUGCGGCAGCGACGAGGAUGCCAAGGACGACAAAGCGAGCGGCGCCAAGAAGAACGAAGAGAACGAUGAGGACUUGGACGACGCCGCCCUCGUCACGGUGGCUCAGGACGCUCUCGCCGCCCACUGCGAGCGGGUCAGGUUGGCGCGCGACGUUGUCGACAACGGACCCCUCCGUCAACGACGGGUGGCCUGGCAAAUCGACGCGGCGCGGGGGAAAUGGGUCGACGUGGCGGCCAGGGGACUCUCGGCAUGUGCGAACAGAUUUGGCGCUGUCGGCCAGCGGGUCACGAGUUGCGUGAUCGCUCCCCCAGUGCACCUACCCCAGGACCAGGAGAAAGCCGUGUGGACGCCGACGGGAUGGACGGUGACGGUGGUGCCGCGGCGCUCGGGCCCGGAGAGCGUGCAGGUGGAGGGACCAGUGCCAUGGACGACGCAGGCCCAAUUCGGCUAUUAG